UUCUUUACUUCACCAUUUCUCUUUACUUAUAGUCAUAUGAAGUCAAGCUCUACUUAAUCUUCGAUCAUCUUCAUCGUCAUCGUCUGUCCGCUUUGAAUCUCUGAUUUCCGAUAUGGACGAAGAAUACGCUGACACGACCUACCAGUCUAUAACUGAGACUGGGCUGGUUCUAGAGCACUUUUCAUCGCUCUCGCUGGACGACGGCGGCGGCGGGAAACUGGAAGAAGGAGAUCGGAAGAAGGUGGACCCGAGGAAAAUCGCGAGAAAGUAUCAGUUGGAUAUUUGUGACAAAGCUGUGAAGGAAAACAUAAUCGUGUAUUUAGAAACUGGCUGUGGAAAGACUCACAUUGCAGUGUUGCUUAUGCAUGAGAUGGGUUCUUUGAUAAGAAAACCUAAAAAGGACAUUUGUGUCUUCCUUGCGCCUACUGUGGCUCUUGUCGAGCAGCAAUCCAAAGUCAUACAAGAAUCUACGGAUUUUAAAGUUGGGUUGCACUGCGGAAAAAACAAGCAUUUUAAAAAGCAUCAAGUUUGGGAGAAAGAGAUGGAAAAGUACGAGGUUCUUGUUAUGACCCCUCAAAUAUUGCUGCAUAACUUAUCCCACCGCUUCAUUAAGAUUGAACUCAUUGCUCUUCUCAUUUUUGACGAAUGUCAUUACGCACAACUUGAGAGUAAUCAUCCCUAUGCAGAAAUCAUGAAAGUAUUCUAUAGAAGUGAUGCUGUAAAGCUGCCUCGUGUUUUUGGCAUGACUGCAUCUCCGAAACUAGGGAAAGGCACUUCCAUCAAUACCCUUGAGACUUUGCUUCACUCUAAGGUGAUCUCAGUCGAUAACAGAGAAGAGCUGAAUGAGUUUGUGGUUACACCUAAACUGAAUAUAUACUAUUAUGAUGGUUCUGCAAACCACUUAUCUUCUCCUUACAUGUUCUACCGCCGAAAACUUGGUGAAAUCAAAUGCGAGUGUGUGUCAAGCUGCUUGAAUGAGAAGGCUGACAAUAUUACUGUGAAGAACACGAAGAAGAUGCUCCUAAGGCUGCAGAACAAUCUUUUAUUUUGUCUAGAAACUCUUGGCGUUCGUGGAGCAUAUCAAGCUUGUAGCAUGCUUAUGGAAGGUGACCACUCAGUGAGAAGUAAAUGGAUAGAGGCAAAAGAAAAUGAUAGCAACUACUCUGUAUGCAACAAGUAUCUUAAUCAGUCUGCAGAUAUGCUUGGGAUGGAUAAUGCGGAAGGUCCAAAUGCAGUUACUUCAUCCAUUGUGGAUGUUUUAGAGGAACCAUUUUUCUCGAGGAAGCUUUUAAGACUUGUGGAAAUUCUUUCUGAGUUUAGGGUGCAACAAAAUAUGAACUGUAUUAUAUUUGUAAAAAGAAUCGUGAUUGCAAAAUCUUUGACAUGCAUCUUAAGGAGCCUUUCAAUUCUAUCAUUUUGGAGGUGUGACUUCCUUAUAGGAGCCCAUUCUGGAAAGGGGAAUAAGUCCCGAAAAAACAUAUACUCCAUUCUUGAAAAGUUCCGUUCAGGCAAGCUAAAUUUAUUAGUUGCAACGAAAGUGGGUGAGGAGGGUCUUGACAUCCAAACAUGCUGCCUUGUUGUGCGGUUUGAUCUUCCAGAAACUGUGUCUAGUUUUAUACAGUCUAGAGGUCGUGCACGAAUGCCACAAUCGGAAUAUGCAUUGCUGGUGGACAGAACUAGUAUGAAUGAGAUGAAUUUAUUAGAGAAUUUCAUGAAAGAAGAAGAUGAAAUGAACAAAGAGAUUGCCCGCAGAACAUCAAGUUCAACUUUUGUUGAUUUUGAUGAAAAAUCAUACACAGUUGCUUCCAGUGGUGCCACUGUGAGCCGUGCAUUAAGCGUCUCAUUACUUUAUCACUACUGCGCUAAGCUUCCUCGAGAUGAAUAUUUCACCCCCAAACCGGAGCUGCUCUACUUCAAUGAAACUAAGAUGAUUGUAUGUACUAUAAUUCUCCCUUCCAAUGCACCAAUUCACAAGAUUAUUGGGUCACCACAAAUUAAUAGAGAAGAAGCUAAGAAAGAUGCCUGCUUGAAAGCAUGUAAAGAAUUGCAUGAAUUAGGAGCUUUGACAGACUACCUCUUACCAGAGCAGGAAGAUGAAAAUGAUGAAUGUUUUGACCUUUGCAAUUCAGAAGACUCCAACGAUCCAAUUUCUCGACGAGAGCUACAUGAGAUGCUUGUUCCUGCUAUAUUGAAGGAACCAUGGGAUUUCUCUGAGAACUCGAUCUCUCUGAAUUCUUAUUAUAUGAAGUUAUCUCCAACUCCACCUGAUAGGGUGUACAGAAACUUUGGUCUCUUCCUGAAAGCUCCCCUCCCAGAAGAGGCUGAGAAAAUGAAGUUAGAUCUCUGUUUGUCUCAUGGCAGAACUGUUACUUCGGAACUUCUCCCUUUCGGACUUACAAAAUUUGACCAGGACGAGAUGUUACAGGCACAAUGGUUCCAGAAAAUACUAUUGAAGGCCAUCCAUGACCGAUCUGAGUUGAUUGCUGAUUUUUUUACCUUGGACAAAGAUGAACUUAGUAAUCCAGAGACGUCAACUUUCUAUCUGCUACUACCAGUAAUUAUAACCGAGUACGAGAACACCAUGACUGUUGACUGGUGUCUUAUGAGACGAUCAUUGUCCUCACCAAUGUUCAGGACACUGGUUGAAUCUAGAAAUAAAGUGAUUUCUUUGAACAACAAUCACCUACAACUUGCCAAUGGUUCCCAUAGUACAGAUGAUGUUGUAAAUAGUUUGAUAUAUGUUCCGUGCAAGAAAGCAUUUUUCUUCAUUGCUGAUGUUGUCACGGACAAGAAUGCUUAUAGCUUGUACAAAGAAACAUCAACUCAUAUCCAACAUUAUAUGAAAAAGUUUAAAAUUGAAUUUUUCUAUCCCGAUCAACCUCUUUUGAAAGCAAAAAGGGUCUUUGCCGUGGACAAUUUACUGCGGAAAGGGGGUUACUCAGUAUCACGCAAAAAAGAAGAACACUUUAUUGAAUUACCUCCUGAGAUUUGUCAAUUGAAGAUCAUUGGUCUCUCUAAAGAUAUUGGAAGCUCCAUGUAUUUGUUACCAUCAAUUAUGCAUCGCCUUGAGAACUUUCUUGUGGCAAUCGAGUUGAAGCAGAGAUUAACUUCUUCAUUCUCUGAGGGUGCUGAGGUCACUGCUGCCCGUGUUCUUGAAGCUCUUACGACUGAGAAAUGUUGUGAGCACUUCUCCCUUGAGAGGCUUGAAGUUCUUGGUGAUGCUUUCCUCAAAUUUGCAGUUGGGAGGUACCUUUUUCUUUGUCAUGAUUCCCUGGACGAAGGAAAGUUAACAAAAAAACGUUCAAACAUUGUCAAAAAUUCAAAUCUACUCAAGCUAGCCACAAUGAAGAAAUUACAGGUCUACAUACGUGACCAGCCAUUUGAGCCCUGCCAAUUUUUCGCCCUAGGCCGUCCUUGCUCAGUUAAAUGUGACAAAGAUAAAGAACAUACAAUACAUUCUCCUAAACCCGGUAUGGAACACGAUGUAAAUGCUGAAAUCAGAUGCAGUAAAGGUCACCAUUGGUUGUAUAAGAAAACAAUUGCCGAUGUUGUUGAGGCACUUAUAGGAGCAUUUAUAGUUGACAGUGGCUUCAAGGCAGCAACUGCAUUUCUUAAAUGGCUUGGCAUUCAACUUGAUUUCGAUCACUCUCAAGUUAGUAAAAUCUGCAGAGCAAGCAAAGUAUUUACUCCCCUUUCUGCUCUAAAAAAUAUUGCAUCUCUAGAGAGUUCCAUUGGUUAUCACUUUCUUUAUCAAGGUCUCCUUGUACAAGCUUUCAUUCAUCCUUCGUAUAACAACCCAUUGGGAGGCUGCUAUCAGAGAUUGGAGUUCCUUGGAGAUGCUGUUUUGGAUUAUUUAAUCACAUCCUAUUUAUAUUCAGUAUAUCCAAAACUGAAGCCUGGUCAAUUGACAGACCUGAGGUCUUCCUACGUAAACAAUGUCACAUUUGCUCGCGUCGCUGUAAAUAAAUCAUUUCAACAAUUUGUUCUCUACGACUGUAUGCAUCUCUCUUCAUCAAUGGACAAAUAUGUCGACUUUAUUAGGACAUCUUCCAUGGAGGAAUUUACAGAAGGUCCAAAUUGCCCAAAGAUUUUAGGAGACAUAGUGGAAUCCUUCAUAGGUGCAAUCCUUCUCGAUACUGGCUUUGACUUGAACCGCGUGUGGGAUAUAGUUAUCUCUUUUAUGGACCCCUUUACAAAGCUGCAAAUUAAUCCUUUGAGAGAACUUGUAGAACUUUGUCAGUUCUAUCACUGGGAUCUGCAAUUACCUGCUGUGGAAAAAGACGGAAGAUUUGUAAUUGAAGGUAAAGUCGAAGGAACUGGUGUUUUGGAAACUGCUUAUUCUAUCAAUCUCAACAAAAAAGCAGGCCAAAGAGCGGUUUCUGAACAGCUAUUUCUCAAACUUAAGGCUAAAGGUUAUAGAUGCAAGUCGAGAUCAUUGGAGGAAAUCUUGAAUUCUGCGAGUAAAAUGGAAGCGAAGUUAAUCGGGUAUGAUGAAGCUGCUAUAGAUGUCACUGAUUCAGGUGCUAUUCCAAUAAAUAACUUGAAAAUAGAGGAAAGUCCUCCCCCUAGUCAUCUUGACAUGAAAGAAACUACCAAGUCAAAAGGUCUAUCGGUUGAUCUAUCAUCAAAGUCAGUUUUGUACAUUAUGUGUGGAGCUAACUGUUGGAAACCCCCUUAUUUUGAAUGCAUUAGUGAGUCGGGAGCAUGCCAUUUGAAAGAAUUUAUUUUCAAGGUGAUUGUUGAUAUUGAAGAAAUGUCACAACUAGUUGUAGCGUUCGGAGAACCUCGAUCGAGAAAGAAAGAUGCAGCAGAGCAUGCGGCCGAAGGGGCGGUUUGGUGCUUGAGAAACUUAGGAUACUAGCACGAGUUUUUAUUUUAUUUUUAAAUAUAGAGAUAAUUCUUACUUAGUUAUAAGAAAGAAAGAUCCCAAAUAUAUAGAUAUGAACAAUUCAUUGUCUCUUAGCUUUUAAUGUUUAUUAAUUUAUCCUUUAACAUGUAUUCUUGAUGUGAUCUCCAUCUUGUAACGCUGCAACCAAUCUAUAAAAAUG